UCUGGAAACAGUCGAAGGGAAAAAACCGGCAGCAUGUUACCCACCCUAGGCACCAUGGCCUACGGCCUCUACAGCCUCCUCCUAACCUCCACCAUCCUCGUUGGUGCCGCCUCCAUAAACCUCACUCCCACCGAACGCUACCUUCAAGACUCGGCCCCCAAGUUGGCCGGUAUCAAAUACACCGUCCCCAAGGCCGUCCUCGGAUCGCAUCCCAACACCCGCAAGCUCGAAGUCGCCCAUUCCUUCCAAACCCUCCAAGGCGUCUCCCACUCCAUCGGCGGCUCCAGCAGCGGCACCACCCCCCGCGCCGUGAACCGCCGCUCCGCCGCCUCCAUCCUCGGCCAACACCAACGCCAAGGCUCCGCCUACGGCUACGAAAACGUCACAGUCACCACCGCCUACGGCACCCAAUACGCCGCCGAAGUACACUGGAACUCCGUCCCCCUCUUACUGCUUCUCGACACGGGCUCCUCCGACACGUGGGCCAUCACCCACAACUUUUCCUGUCUCGAUUACCUUGGGAACGACGUCCCGCAAAAGACGUGCGGGUUCGGUCCCGCUUACAAACCAGACCUCUGGAACCCAUAUGGCCCUACGGACCCGCAGACGCACAUGUUCAUUCAGUACGGCGACGGGGAGAUCGUCACGGGUCCGAUGGGCUUUGCGGAUAUCACGGUCGGGAACAUCACUGUGAGGAAACAGCAGGUGGCGUUGGCGGAAAGGACGUUUUGGUUUGGGAAUAAUUUGACGAGUGGGUUGAUGGGGUUGGCGUUUCCGAGUUUGACGAAUGCUGGACUAGGCGGUGGUGAUGGGCAUGAAUCCUACAACCAGCUUUACUACCCGCCGUUGUUCACGAGUAUGGUCAACCAGGGGUCGGUACCGCCGCUGUUUAGUAUCACGAUUGAUCGGAAUGCUAGCUCGGGGUUGUUGGCUUGGGGUGGGUUGCCGCCUGCUACGGGGCUGGAGAAGGGGAAGGAUGUGGAGUUGGAUAUGAUUAUUACAAACCUAAUCGACGUCCCCGAGACCGCCUACGACUACUCCUUCUACACCGUCAUUCCGGACGGGUGGCAAUUCGGCCCCAACACCAACACGAGAAAAUUCCCUUAUAUCGUCGACAGCGGAACGACCCUCUGCUACCUCCCGUCUGCCGAAGCCCAACAAAUCAACACGGCAUUCAACCCCCCCGCCAUCUACCUCUGGAUGUACGGCGCCUACUUCACCUCCUGCGACGCCAUCGUGCCGCGCGUGGGUGUGAUCUUGGGCGGGAAGACGUUUUACUUGAAUCCUGUCGACUUGAUCAAUCAGGACAUGGUCGAUCCGUUGACGGGGCUGUGCAUGACGGCCAUUGCGGACGGGGGCGCGGGGCCGUAUAUCUUGGGGGAUGUGUUUAUGCAGAAUGCGUUGACGGUUUUCGAUGUGGGGAGGGGGAAGAUGAGGUUUUUGGGGAGGGAGUUUUAUUGA